AUGGCAAACACAUACGGGGAACUUAAAGAGGCUCAUCUCAACAACCAGUACCUGCGAAUUGCACCCAAUCCGGCUACAUCCUUCGAAGAAAUCACGGCCCUGUACAAAUCGCACAGGCUCAGAUUCCCACCCCCGGCAUCGGGCCUAAACAUGACGGACGAGCGCUGGCUCCUCCGUCUCUACACCAACACGGUAUUGUGUCCAGCGAUACUCAAACACUUCAACCCGGCGUUAUUCGGGACCUGCCCACACUGUGAACAUCCGUUCGCGAACCCCUUCCACAUGGUGUGGGCCUGCCCCUCAAACCCAAUGGAGACACUAAACAUGCACGUCAUGACGGAGCUUAUCAUCACCACAAUGAUUCUGCUUUUCGUGCACUGGCUCAUGAAGAGGAGAGACCAUUUCAACUUCUUCAAGAAAUUGGGAAUACCAGGGCCGACACCAAACAUCUUUUUUGGCAACAUAUUGGAAAUGUACAGAAAAUCGCCAGCCAAAGCUUAUCGUGAAUGGAUCGACAAGUACGGCGAUGUUGUUGGGUACUUCAACGGACACCGGCCGGUCAUUCUUACGGCAGACUUGGAACUUCUAAAGAAGGUUCAGAUCAAGGAUUUCCACGACUUCCCCGACAGAAGCCUCUUGGUUCUAGAAAAACGACCAGGUGGGCCCAUAGAGAAAAGCCUUAUCCAGCUCACUUCGACUCGUUGGAAAGAAGUGCGCAGCGUCUUGACACCGUCAUUCACGAGCAACAAGCUUAAACUCAUGUCUCCGGGAGUCAUCUCAGCAGUGGAGAAGCUGGUGACGAAGAUCGACCGCAAGGCAAAUACGGGAGAGGAGUUCGAUGCGGCCGACAUGUACGCUGCACUCGCCCUAGACGUGAUCUGCAAAAGCGCCAUGGGCAUCGACUACAACCUGCAGGACCAUCCGAGGCACAGUUUUCUUCUCUGCUGCCGCAUGCUGUUCGGAUGCGCCUUCAACGCCUUGGCCGUGCUGUUCACUGCAUUCCCGGGUUCAUUCGACGUGCUAGAAAACAUCAAUUUCCGCCUCCUGCGCUAUCAGAACAACGGCGUUCACCCAUUCGAAGAGGUGCAGGGAAAGUGCAAGCGAAUUGUGCAACAGCGACAAGUGGACUCCUCGCUGCGCCGAAAGGACCUGCUGCAGCUGAUGAUCGAUGCGAAGGAUUCGCGCGUCGACCUGGGUACGGUAACCAACACUCAACUCACCGCUGGCGAACAGAACGACCAAGAAUUGCCCAACGGAGCUCCAAAGCACGCUGCCACCGGAAAACUGCCCACCAUCAACAAGGCUGUCCUGGACGAUGACGACAUCACGCAAAAUGCGUUCGUCGUGCUCGUUGCGGGAUUCGAGACCACGAGCAACACCAUGGCCCUGGUGACGCACAUGCUUGUUCACUACCCGGAAGUGCAGGAAAAAAUGCGAAGGGAACUUUUUUCGGUCCUGCAACCCGACGAGCCCAUCACGUACAACACCAUACAAAAUCUGCCGUAUAUGAAUUGCGUCUUUACGGAGACAAUGAGGCUCUACCCUCCAGCAUUUGCGUUCGUUACACGAGAGGCCACUGUUGAUAAACAGUACGGCAAGCUUCGCAUUCCCGCCGGUACGGCUAUCAUGGCGGCCGUGGAGUACAUACACAGGGAUCCGCGACACUGGGAAAACCCGGACAAGUUCGAUCCUGACAGGUUUCUGCCGGAGAACAAGUCGAAGAUCAACACUAUGGCCAUGCAGGGCUUCGGCAACGGUCCGCGUAACUGCAUCGGCAUGCGCUUCGCCCAGAUGGAGCUGCGGUAUACGUUCGCGCACAUUCUAAGGAAAUAUCGGCUCGAAAAGACGGAGAACAGCGAGAUGGACCCGCCCAAGAUAGAGACGAAUCCAAUCAUCUUGAAGAUCAAGAAAGGCGUGAAAGUCAGAGCAGUGCCUCUGUGACCAAGCAACAAAUGUAGGGACCUGAAAUUGCAAGACACACUGAUUUCGAUGUCACUGUUCACUUGUGCCCGUUUGGUUUUCUUUUCUUUGAUUUGGACUCGACAUGGGUGCCUGUGCGCUGAUGUCUAAGGAGUGAAUCCCGCAAAGUGAAGUGCUCAAGCAACUUUGUGGACCUUAUCUGUGGACCGAAGGGGCAUCAGGAGGUGUGGGAUAAAACCCGUAAUUGGACAGUGCGCCGCUAUACUUCGCAGCUCGACAAACAGUAAAAAAAAAUUUGCCUUCAUA